UGUUGUGAUAAACUUAUUAAAUAGAUUAGAUAAUGUACAUGCAGUUACUCAUUAGCGUUUGGAACUUUGUCUAGAUUUACUGUAAUAUUUGGUAUGUUAAAAUGAUAAUUUUAAUGAUACCUCUGGAUGCUGUUUGUCUCCUGUGUCGGGGAAGACUGAAGGUCAACAGACUAGUUGCAGUACGAUCACUUGCCAACAGAAGCUCCAAAAAUCAUUAUGAGAUGUUAAGAGUUGAUAAAGAUGCAUCGACAGCUGAAAUCAAAGAAGCAUUUCUCAAACUAAGCAAACAGUUACAUCCCGACAGGAACACAGGAAACAAAGCACAUGACGACUUCGUCAAACUAAACGAGGCGUUCUCGGUUCUGAAAUCACACGACACGAGACGACAGUACGACUUGUCGAUCGGGAACAGAAACUAUAAUGCUCACUCUAAUUCAGGGUCGCCGAGUUCAAAUGUGUAUUCGGCAGGCGGAUCGAGUAGUUCUUUCGAUGGGGCUUAUAAUCCACAGGCACCGUAUAGUUAUCAGUUCAGAGAUUUAGGAAAGAAUCAAAGACGCAGAAAUGAAAAUGAAAGCACAUCAAGCGGUGGAUUCAGAACAAAUUAUCGCGACCAACCUUCGUACACUUCCAGUGCGACCAGACACGCAAGAAGCAAAGUUGAGGUUCCGAUGCUAGUGAUUUUAGGCGGACUCACAGUGUCUUUAUUUUAUACUUUGUGGAAAGUCGCUCAAUUUGAGUCAUUCAAAUUCGUGCCAGAUACGUCUGUAAGACGCUUUUCUGGACCAGGUGCCGAUGAGCAAUACCGCAAGUUUGUCCAGGCAAGUAAACGUGUAGCAAGCGAAAACAGGGAAAAACUGUCAGCUAAUAUCAGGAAGCCGAAAGAUACUUCUACCGAAUCGAGACCAGGAGUGAAAACACUGUAUAACAGAAGAAAUGAUAAAGUAAAAUCAAAAACGAACGAUCUCUGAGAUUUUUAGAAAAACGUGCUGACAAUAUUGUUCUAGAAUUUAAAAUUUGGUAUUUAUUAUAUAAAUGGCGCACAAUUGAUAGAUUUUGAAAUGUUACUUUUUGAACUAACAUGUUCAGUAUGGAUAGGGCCAAAAUGGCGCUAUGCUUCUGUGACAAAACAGAGUGAUGAAGUGUUGGUGUAAACAUCCUGAU